UCCACCAUGGCCUGGACUCCUCUCCUCCUCCUGCUCCUCUCUCACUGCACAGGUUCCCUCUCCCAGCCUGUGCUGACUCAGCCAACCUCCCUCUCAGCAUCUCCUGGAGCAUCAGUCAGACUCACCUGCACCUUGCGCAGUGGCAUCAGUGUUGGUGGCUACAAUAUACACUGGUACCAGCAGAAGCCAGAGAGCCCUCCCAGGUAUCUUCUGAACUACUACUCAGACUCAUAUAAGCACCAGGGCUCUGGAGUCCCCAGCCGCUUCUCUGGAUCCAAAGAUGCCUCGGUCAAUGCAGGGCUUUUACUCAUCUCUGGACUCCAGCCUGAGGAUGAGACUGACUAUUACUGUAUGAUUUGGCAUGACAAUGCUUCUCACAGUGACACACACAGAUGGGGAAGUGGGACAAAAACCUCACCCUGA